AAGGAACAGUAAGGAAUCCAAUGUGGAUGCUGACAUAUACAGUGACAAAAUUUUGUUUUACUGAUGCAAAAUUAGACAUGCAUGGCUAGUGCGAAUGAGAAGAACUUUCCCAUUGACUUGGAAUGGUCAUCAAAAUCUCCCAUGGCUUCAGAGAAGCCCAGCAAUGGUGUCACAUCAGCAUCAACAGGGUAUCAGACAAAAUCUGAAACCCACCUGAAGGAUGCAGAAAAUGUGGUCUUUCUGGUGAAACCUUUCAAGGUGAUUGCAUUGCUGUGUGCAUCAAUAGCACUUGUGUUGACCAUUGCAGCCAGUGGAACAAAUCAAUGGGUAACCACUGAAGGUACCAUUUACAGCAUAGGACUGUUUCAAACAUGCACUAGACAAUUUACUUGGGAGGAGUCUGGUGAGGAGGACACUGAUGAAUACGAAUGCAAAGUCAUCAUUGGUUCCCAAGGAAUAACAGGUCUUGUCUUGUGCACAAUCACAAUCCUGACCUUGUUCCUGACUGUAAUCUUCACUGGCAUGGGGAUUUAUGUUGAUGAGGGUACAAAGAAGCAGAAGUGGUACCUUGUGGCUAAAGUCUGCAUCAUUGUUUCAAUGGUUAGUUGCACAGUGGCCCUGGUAGCAUUCCCUGUGCUGAGCUCUACAACAAUGGCCGACUCCUGGAACUUUGGCUGGAGCUAUGGUGCGCUCUGUGGAGCAGACAUGUUCAUCAUCGGCGCCGCCAUCAUGCUUUUCAUCAAACGGGAAUCCGCAGAAAGGGAAAUCAGCAGGAAACCAGCCAUUGCCAAGCAAAGUCGGUCACGAGCCACAAAUGAAGACAAAAUUAAAAACAAUGAAGAACCUUUGGUUGGGGAUAAACUCGACAUUAAAAUGACAAACCUUGAAAAACGCGAACACAGCAGCAGCAGUUACGAUGAGAAAUAGAAAAACGAAGUUUUUUUCUCUUC